CUCGCACUUCCCCAGCUUAGAACUAAACCUCAUAAACCCUCUCUCUCUCUCUCACCUCCACACACACCGUGUCACAUAGUGCACACAGUACACACGCCAUUUACGCUCGAAAACACCGCAGAUAUAUGCAGACUGAGUGAUUGGGUGAGAGAGGGAGGGGUAGUAAAAGAUUUGAGAGCAAAGAAAAAUGGCAACCCAGUUUCCGGACGACUUUAAAUGCCCCAUUUCCCUCGAGAUAAUGUCUGACCCGGUUAUUCUCUCAUCGGGCCAUACCUUUGAUCGCUCCUCAAUCCAACGGUGGCUUGACGCCGGCCAUCGUACAUGUCCGAUUACUAAACUACCCCUCUCCGAGCCACCUUCCCUCAUCCCCAACCACGCCCUUCGGAGCUUAAUUUCCAGUUAUACCCUAGUCCCUCUCCCCGAAGCCCAUACCAACCCGGACCCGAAUUCCUUAAUCCAAACCAUCGUCUCCGUUUCUUCUCAUCUGGUCUGCAAGCUCGACUCGCUCGACCAGCUGGGUCGCCUCUGUAAACGGGAUUCCUCAAUUCGCCGCCGACUGACUGAGUCCGGAGCUGUGUCGGCUGUUUUGAACUGCGUCAACGCCGACGACACCUCGCUCCAAGCAAAAGCCCUCCAUUUGCUGCUUAACUUGAGCUUGGAUGACGAUAACAAAGUCGGGCUCGUCGCCGAAGGGGUUGUCGGAAAAUUAGUCGCCGCUGUUCGCUCUGGCUACGGUGACUCCCGUGCUGUGGCAGCUACGGUGUUGACCAGCCUCGCGGUGGUGGAAGUCAACAAGGCCACAAUCGGGGCGUACCCGAAAGCCAUUUCGGGCCUAAUCGGGCUUCUCCGGGCCGGGAAUGGAAGGGAGAGAAAAGAGGCCGCCACAGCUCUGUUCACCCUCUGCUCCUUCGCCGAUAAUCGGGUUCGGGCCGUGGAGAAUCGGGCCGUUCCGAUACUAAUCCAAAAUGCGAGUUCGGGACUAGAGCGGGCCGUGGAAGUUUUGGGCUUGCUGGCAAAAUGUGCAGAGGGCAGAAAAGAAAUGCUAGGCUAUGAUGGGUUUUUGGAAAUUUUGAUUUUUGUAUUGAAAAAUGGGAGUUCAAGAGGGGUACAAUAUGGGCUUUUGACUAUAAAUUUGUUGUGUAGUUGUAGUGAAAGAAUGUGUUUGGAAGUUUUAAGAGAAGGCAUUUUUGAGAUUUGUUUGGGGUUGUUGGAAGAUGAUAAUGAGAAGGUGAGAAGAAAUGCAAAAAAUUUGAUCCAAGUACUGCAAGGGAAGAAUAGAAGAAAUCUUAGCUGAAUUGGAAAGUCCAAUUUACUUUUUAGGGGUUGGAGGUGAAAUGUGAAGUUUUUUGGUGAUUAUGAUAUGGUGGAUAACUAUGAUGAAUUUGGGAAAAUUCAAGUUUCAAUUAGAGGUUAGUCACACUUCUUUUUUCUUUCUUCCUUUUGGGGAGGGGGAGGUGGUUGGGUUGUUUUGGGUGGGUGGACGGGCGGGCUGGCUAAUUUGUCUAGGUUUACUAUUUUUGGUUGAUACUGUUUGUUUCUUUUUCCUUAUUUGUACAAAAGAUUAGGUUUUUCCUUGAAAAUCUUGUUCUUUUGUUGUAUAUUUUUCCAAUAAAAAGGAUGGUAUCCAAAUAUUGAAAAUUAUCCAAUUUUCCUUCUAUUUUCUUUUAGCUCUGAUAUUGGAAAUUCAUGGAUGGUUCCUUUCUCUUUGGCUGUUAGUCGAAAAUUAUUCUUCGUUCAACUUGUGUUGGUACCAGUAUGUGCAUGCCUUGACAAGUUAGUAGAGUGGAGACAUUUGUGCAACUCAUGGUCCCAUCAUUUUGUAACGGAGUUUAAGACUAUUUCAGUGCCUGAAUUUGACUUUAUUGUUGAAUGUGUCCUGUAAAAUAUAGAUACUGAUUGAAUUGGUUUAGUGCAAUCCUAGGGCUCUCUCGUCGUUAUAUGAAAAUUUGAACUGGAUUGAAAUUACGAUGGUAGCCUCUUUUUUCUAAGCAACUUAGAAAAGUUGCUAAAAAUUGAUGACUUGUGAUUAUUGGUGUUUGACAAGGGGAUUAUAUUUGGGUUUGUAAAUUCCUCAUUUGCUUCUCAGUUCUUGCUCCCUAUUUUUUCAGUGUUGGGGUUGUCACUGCCAUUUUAUUACUGAAAUUACGUGUCAUUCAUGAAAUGUUGCUUAGUUAGGAAAAAAAAUGUGGAAAGCAAUGUGACGAAUAAUGGUAGGCAGCUUUAUUACUUCUUCAUUGGAUUAGUAAAACAAGAAUGAAGUUUCCAAGAAUAAGCAUGAGGGGUCUAUCUCUAGUGGAAUGUAUUGUCAAUGCCUGUUGGUACAGAGCAUUUACUAACGUAUUCUGCUGGUUUUGAAUGUUUGGUCAUGUUUACUAGCAUUAGCUCUGAUUGGGUCCUAAAGGAAUCAACUAGAUUUGGACAAUAUAAUAGGAUGAUUAUCGACUACUUUCUAGGAAGUUUACGGUCACUAAUUAGGUCAGGCAAUAUCUUGGCAUCAAGACAAUCCCACCUUAAAGCUCAGAGUUUUGCCUUGUAGAUGGUGUACCUGUAUUUGUUUUCUAUCGAGCCUUUAAGAGUUCAGGGAUUAAUCUAAUCAGUAUAAGAUAUUUUGUUCAUGGGGGAAUCCUUGAUGUGAUCAAUUAAUUUGAAAAUGUCCACUAGAGCUCUUAAAAAAUUAUUGCUUACUCUUUCAAUAUUCUAUUGUUAAUAGAGGUUAGUAGACCUCGUCCUGUAUUUUAGUGGAGAAUUACAGGUCACAUUUCGUUUUUCACUUAUUGUACUCAUCUACAGUGGUCAGCUUCCAAGAGAACUGAAUUGAAGUUGUGUAAAAAUGCUCCUUAUGUUGUCUUGUACUGCUUUCUUUCAUUGUAUUACGUUUCUUUUUCUUUUUCUUUUUUUUUUUUUUGGUGGGAACUUCUCUUUGGUAUGCUACUUUGUCGUAUCAUCCUUGCUUAUUUUUGUAGUCCUAACCUGUUCUGGUAUCUUCUCCCCUCGUCUUUUUGGCAUCUGCAAUUUCAUUUUUGCCUUGAUAGAGGUGAUGACGCUCUGUUCAAACAAUUUUCAUUAGCCGUUUCUUGUACCAGUGACAAUUGCUUUCUUGUUGCUGGUUUUCCGAUUGAUGAUGUGAUGUUGGUUUACUAGUAAACUUUGAUCUGUGUGAUGAUAGCAUAUUGGUAAAGGAAGCAUGGAUUUGUGAUCUAGGUGAUCAAAUUCUGUAUCUGUUGUUUCAUUGUAAUGUUUAUGUAUAAGCUUAAUAGGUGAGAUCAUGGUUGAUUCUUUCCCUGAUUUUCUUUACUUGAAGAUGAUAUACAUCCUUUUCGUCUGUGGGGGUAAAUGUAGGAUUUUCUAUACACCUUUUCAGCGGGUGGCACUGCUGGUUUAUUCUCUUUACUUAAAAGAGGACAGAGUUUUAGAGGGUAAAUAGAGAAUAGAGGACAGAGUUUUAGAGGGUAAAUGGAGGAUUCUCUAUUUACCUAUUUUAGUGAGUGACAUGACAACAUGACAUCUCGCCAUUUUAUAUACAAUAGAAGGCUAGAUGUUAUCCACUUCAAACUUUAUAUGGUUUUCUAGAUGUGAUGUUGUGGACUAGACAUCAAAUCAAAGUGCUGAUAAAUUAUUUCAUUAGACCAUUGUUAAGUGACAAAGCCAUGUAGUUUCCAUGUAAAAACUUAAGUGGAACGAUGAUUUGGCCAAAGGGCUGCUCAUUAUGAAUUAUUUCCAACAAGGGUAGACAGGUGACUGAUGGGGUGUCAUCAUCUAAGGGGUGAAUGGAAGGUUUUAAGGGGAGGAUCCUUCCUUCCUAUGUCCCCUAAAUGAAAUGAAGAGGAUACUUACUUGUCCUCUAAAACAACAUGUACCUAAACAUAUACCAUGUUUGUUGGAGGUCAGCAACGAAAGUGGAUCAUAAAUCUCUUGUAUCCUGGUUAAGAAAGUCUGUUUGCAGGGAUUUGAUUGUCUGAAUCAAGACAUCAUCAGCCAAUUUUUUUAUUUUUAUUUUUAUUUUUGUAUAGAUAUGUUGUCAGUAGAUCUGUAGAAAUGCACGCUUGCUGUUUUAUUAAAUGCUCUUCUUUUUGUA